GCGUCGAAACGGUGGUUGUGUCGGAAUUCGGGGUCUGCAUCGUGAAAGUGCUCAUUUGUAGGAUGCAUGACGUCACCCGAAUUAGAAAGUCCACGAAGGCUUCUCCAAAUGCGGCCGACAAAUGUGUCCUUCUCCAUUGAGAAGAAGUCUGAAAUCCAACCAACCUUCGUGGCCAAUCAUCUCCCAACAAUCUUUGCACGCUUUCGUCCAACCCUUAAAAAAGUCACCAUUACGGGGCAGAGCUGAGAGAAUCAUCCAUCCAUCCAUCCAUCCAUUUUCUAUACCGCUUAUCCUCACGAGUGUUGUGGGCAUGCUGGAGCCUAUCCCAGCUGUCUUCGGGAGAGCGGCGGGAUCCACCCUGGACUGGUGGCCAGCAAAUCACGGGUAAACAUGAGACCACGUGACACACCAGGAAGUGCGAGGAAGGCGGGACCGUCCGAAUUCACAAGGUUGGUUCGCGGCUGGAGGAGGAGCCUCUGAGCGUCUGGCCUCCUUCGACCGGGUAGUAGGAUGCAGACCCCGGAUUCAGAUACGGCCGCUGUGACGUAAAUCCAAGAUGGCGGGUUCCCGUUCCAUGUUGAAAUUUUGGAAGCCGGGGUCCGAUGCACCGGCGAUCUCCGAGGAGCGUGAACUCAACACGGAGACCAUCGGCUCCACAGCCGUCUUCAACCCGUACAUUGCACUCUCCAUAGAGAAGCAGAGACAGAAGCUCCCCGUUUUCAAGCACAGAAACAACAUCCUGUACUUGGUGGAGAACUUUCAGACUGUCAUCAUAGUUGGAGAAACAGGAUGCGGGAAGACCACCCAGAUACCUCAGUACCUGCUGGAGGCCGGCUGGGCAGCAGAGGGGAGGGUGGUUGGAGUGACUCAGCCUCGACGUGUGGCUGCUGUGUCUGUGGCCAGCCGUGUUGCAGAGGAGAGAGGUGCUCGGUUAGGACAUGAGGUGGGCUACACCAUCAGGUUUGAUGACUGCUCCGACCCCCAAGCUACCAGGAUCAAGUUCUUGACAGAUGGAAUGCUGGUUCGGGAGAUGAUGGCUGACCCCCUUCUUAAAAAAUACAGUGUGUUGAUGCUUGACGAAGCACACGAGAGAACCCUUUGCACAGACAUCGCCAUUGGCCUGCUGAAGAAGAUCCAGAAGAAACGUCGAGACCUGCGGCUCAUUGUGGCCUCUGCUACUCUGGAUGCCAAGAAAUUCCACCAGUUCUUCAACCUGAACGAGUCUGGAGAUCCGACUAAGGACACUUGUGGCAUUUUAACCGUGGAGGGACGCACCUUCCCCGUGGAUAUUUUCUACACUGUCAGCCCCGUACCUGACUAUGUGAAGGCCACAGUGGAGACGGUGAUGAAGAUACAUGAGACAGAAGAUAAUGGGGACGUGCUGGUGUUCCUCACUGGACAGGAUGAAGUGGAGAAGGUGGUGUUGCUGCUGAAGGACCAAGCCAGGUCUCUGUCACGACAAGGCAUGAAGAAACACCUGAGGGUUUUGCCAAUGUAUUCUGGUUUGCCUUACGCCGAGCAGAUGAAGGUCUUUGAGCGGGUGCCUGCUACAGUCCGCAAAGUGGUGGUGGCCACCAACAUAGCUGAGACAUCCAUUACCAUCAACGGCAUCGUUUUUGUCAUCGACUGUGCUUUCGUGAAGCUACGUGCAUAUAACCCCAGUACUGCCAUUGAAUCCCUGGUGGUGACACCCAUCUCCAAGGCUUCUGCCAGCCAGAGGGCUGGGAGAGCGGGACGGAACCGACCAGGGAAAUGCUUUCGACUCUAUACAGAGGAGGACUUUGAGAAACUGCCUUCCUCCACUGUACCGGAAAUGCAGCGCACUAAUUUGGCCCCAGUCAUCCUGCAGCUCAAAGCUUUGGGCAUUGACAACGUUCUGCGAUUCAGCUUCCUUUCGCCUCCUCCAGCUCAGACCAUGGUUCAGGCCCUGGAACUUCUUUAUGCUCUAGGAGGCCUGGAUAAUUACGGACGUUUGACUGAUCCCAUGGGCAUCCGGAUGGCAGAGUUCCCUCUCAGCCCCAUGUUUGCCAAGAUGCUGCUGGAGUCAGGAAACUUUGGUUGCUCCAAAGAGAUUGUCACCAUUGCUGCAAUGAUGCAGAUUCAGAAUAUAUUUGUUGUACCACCCAACCAGAAGAAAGCUGCUGCCCGCGAGCACAGGAAAUUUGCCGUUGCUGAAGGCGACCACCUCACCAUGCUCAACGUAUAUGAAGCUUACAUGAAGCACCAGAAGAGCUCCCAGUGGUGUCAGCAGCAUUAUCUCAAUUACAAAGGUCUGCAGCGCGCCGCGACUGUACGAGAGCAGCUGCGGCGUCUCAUGAGCAAGUUCAAGGUUCCGUGGACUUCCAGUGAAGGCGAUCCUGAUGUCAUUUUGAGGUGCAUUGUGUCUGGAUUUUUUUCCAAUGCAGCACGCAUUCACCACUCUGGUUCUUACAGAACUUUACGAGACGACCGUGAGCUUCACAUUCAUCCCACCUCUGUACUCUACGGUGAAAAGCCUCCAAAAUGGGUUGUCUUCAACGAGGUCGUGCAGACAAGCAAGUACUUCAUGCGAGAUGUUACUGCUGUGGAGUCAUCUUGGCUGGUGGAAUUGGCGCCGCACUUUUACAAGCAGGCUAAACAUGGGUCACUUGGCAGCAAGCGAUCCCGUGUCCUCUGAACCUGUUGGUCAAGUGACGAGGACUCCCUCUCCGUGCCAUUGCGUAGAUGAAGGUGGAAUAUUUAUUAAUCAUGUCCACGUGCACACCCGUGACCAUGCUAGACACCCCCUCCUUGGAUGGCGAUCUACAGUACUUUGUUAGAUCUGCUAAAGAAUGUGAGAAGCGUGGCUAUGUGCUUUCUUCCAACUGGUAGAGUCAGAGAAGGUCUGGUCCAGGAAGGCUUGCCGCCAUACCUGGUUCGAGGCUGUAUUUUUAAAGCUGUAUCCUGGGAAGGAACAUGAGACGUGUUCCUUUUCAUUUGCCCACUCAUAAUGUACGUAGGUGCCUUUAGCAAUGUAGCUGUUAACCUGACCAGUUUCUUAAUAAUGUCAGUCGGGCUCAUGAGAACACUGUGAAAAGACUUCCAUACCUUUUGUAGCCUUUCAACGGAUUACGUCAUUUCAUUUGUCAGGAAUGUGAACACACGGAAAGCUGGGAAAAGCACAUGCUUGUCAAAACAAUGAUGUUAAAGUGCACUGGGAUGCAACCUAAAGCCUCUAAAGAACUAGCACGUAGCUGUGUGUUGCAUUCUUGUCAUUCGAAAUGUGUCACAGAGCUGUGCUGGUGGUAAUACACGUAGUGUAUACUGUAAAUACAGUAGUACUUCACCGUUGGGAUCUCCAUCACCUGUGACUACUCAAUGUUGCUAGCAAGCAGUAUCUUACAAAUGACUAUGUCCAAAUUUGCUGUUCAGGCAGGCAGUGUAGAAAUUGAAAUGUAGAAAUGUAGAAAUGUAGGCAGACUUGCAUGAUUUGUAGUACAACUACCGGACUAUAGAUUCUCUAAAUCGAUCUACACAAGCACAACAUACAGUGGCUGGCCCGAUGGACUCUUGCAUGUGUACAUUCCUCGAUGCAUACAUCACUAUCACUGUCAGCUAUUCCUCUCAGCACCAAAUAAAUGCUCAACAUGAUGCAACGAUGA